UCGUUACAGCGGAUUGUCAUGAUUUAGACCGUUGUUAAUGCCAUUCCAUUUGGACUCACCAUAUUAUUAUAGUAUUGAGUUAUUCGAGUACAUGAAUUAUAAAAGUGAGUUAAUUAAUUAAUGAACAAACUGAUGUUUCCGUUUAGAUUUACUUAUAUAUCAGUGCAUAAAAUAGUUCAAACCUGAAACGUUUUACAGUCUUCAAAUACAGACACAUUCAUGCUAUACCUGGAUUAUGGAUAAAUAGUGGAUUAACUAAAAUAAUAAAGAACACGUUGCUUAAACAGGAUGAUGAUUCGAAUAUUUGCUCUUCUUUGCAUCGCUCAAUCAUGUUUGGCAGUGACGGUGAUAAUAAACGAGAAGGAGGUGGACUGUAAUGGCCAUUGUGCUUGCUGUGAAGGAGGAGAGGCUGAAUGUGGAUACGCUGAUGGAAAGACUGAAUAUUGUUUAAAAGGAUGUGUAAACACAAUAUACGGAAGCAGAUGCAAAAAUUCAUGUCCUCUUAACUGCGCUACUUGCGACCAAAUCGUUGGCAGGCCGUGUUUCACUUGCAAGGAUUCGUUGUACGAUAUAAAUAGUGCUUGUAGCAUGAGUUGUCCUCUUGGGUGUGAUGGUCCUUGUAGUGAUGACGGAACUUGUAGCGCAUGUACACCGAACUUUGAAGGGGCUAGAUGCGAUGCAUGCAUACCAGGGAAAUACGGUGAAAAUUGUUCUAUGAACUGCAAUUAUCAAAACUGCCGUUGUACGGACUUGAAUGGAUGUGACUCAUGUAAGACAGGAUUUGCUGGAGAUUUUUGCAUGCAAUGUGUUACUGAAUAUUAUGGAGCAAACUGCAACAUAAGUUGCCCUACCGGAUGCAAGGGUGGAACCUGUAUGAGAAACGGAGCAUGCAUUGAAUGCAACACUGGAUAUUACGGCGAACAAUGCAACGAUUACUGUUCUAAGGGUUGCAGAGAUGCAGUUUGUCAUAGAAAUGGGACAUGUGCGUGUACGGAUAACUUUACAGGUACAAAAUGCAUUGAAUGUGUUGAAGACAAAUAUGGGGACAAUUGUCAACAUGAAUGCAGUGACGGUUGUUCUACAUUGUCCUGUGACAAAGAAGAUGGGUCAUGUGUUGGUGGAUGUAAAACCGGAUUAUAUGGCAUGAAUUGUUCUCAGAAAUGUACCGAUAUUGAAAAUGGGUGUUUAAAAUGUAGUCAGCUGAAUGGAACGUGUUUGGUGUGUAAAACAGGAUUUUACCCGAGUGAAAAUGGAGAUUGCACUACUUGCAAUAGUAACUGUAAUAAUGGAGAGUGUAAUCCUGAAACAGGCAAAUGUAUAAAUGGCUGUGCAGUCAGCUUUUGGGGAGACAUGUGUGACGUCAAUUGUAGUUCUAAGUGUGGAACGUGUCAGCAAGAUUCCGGAAUUUGUGAUGUGUGCACAAAUCUUACUCUACAUGGUUUAUAUUGCAAUGAAUCUUGCAGCUCAUCAUGCUUUGAAAGCAAAUGUGACUUAAAGACUGGCCAUUGUUCAAAUGGUUGCUCAGGAGAUUUUUUCGGACAUCUGUGUAAAACCAAAUGCCCUCAAAAUUGUCUCCGAAUUGGUGCAGAAUCGAAAUGUGAUGCCAGAGGCCACUGCUACAAUGGCUGCAUUAAUGGAUUUGAAGAAGCUGACUGUUCAGAAAGACGAACUAACACUGCUUCUUCCACAAUUAUUGCACUCGCAAUUUUAUCGGGAGUUUUGGGCAUUUUACUUAUAUGUUCAGUCGCUGGUUGCUACCUGUGGAACAGACGAAUGUCUAAAUCAAUAGAACAAAAUUCGGAAACACAUUUAAAUCAACGUGCAACCGAAAGGGCAUAUGAACAGUUACAAAGACCGUCCAACGAACCAACAAACAGAAGUGCUGAGGACAACUACACUAUGCUUUCAAUGUAGAAAUUUACAACAUUAUAUUUCUCAUUUUAUACUUGAACAAGGACAUUGCAAGAGGAUAAAAUGUUUCAGUCUGUGUUGAAAUUUUUUAAACGUAGCUUUUGUAGAUAACUAUAUUUAAAAACAAAAGCUAACUGUUGUAAAUACGCGUACGGUGUACAUAUGACCGGACGUCUUUUAGUGUGUCCGUAUGUUCUUAAACUUUGGACAAUGUUUGGACAAGUAUAAGGUUGACCGCUAAUGAACUGGUCCAAAUGAAAUCCGUUGGCAGUUACCCAAACAUUUAGCAAUGACAAUUUUCUUAUAGUUGGGUAACAUAUGUUGUCUUGUAGUUUUGUUCAUCUUGUAUGAACUUUUAAAGGCCUUGUACCUUUUGCCUUAAAACAAGAUAACGGAUACAUUUAAGUUACUGGGCUUAUCCAGUAAAGGCACACCACCGUUAUUUGUACAAAAAACUAUAACUUAUGCAUAGAAAGUACUAGAAAUGGCCUAGCUACAAGAAAUGUAACUACUAGCUUAUUGUUUAAAACCUUUUCGGCCAAUAUUUUAACUAACCUGAUAUAUUUUAAUUUACAAGUACCGAUUUUGUUACAGUUGCGUAGUUUACGUUGUAUUGUAGUUUUGUUCAUUUUGUAUGGAUUUUAUUGGCUUUGUUCGUUUUGCCUUUAAACAAGACAUUUGAUACAUUUUAGUAACUGGGCUUAUCCAGUACAAUACAAUGGUGAGGACAAUUGCUACUACUUAUCAUGUUACAAUAAAGUCUAACAUUACAUGAACACGAAUACAUUAUGAUGGCUGUUCUACAAAAAACAAUGUAUUACUUGUUUCUUCUAAUUUAUAAUAUAACUAUAACUUAUGCAUUGAAAGAACUGGAAAUGGCCUAGCUACAACUGCUCUGUUCGAAUGUCUUUUAUUCAUUAUAAUUUUAUUUCCAUAACAAAUUCGUAAUCGUGCAUCGCUCUGACAACAGUGAAUUCUAAAUUGUUUUUGUCUUUUAAUUUAAUAUAUAAUGUAUCAAACUGGAAAAGCAUG